CUUCUCGCCCAAGGCAACGAUCAGAAGCACAUACCAUACCUCCAACCGUCCUAUACAAUGUCGCAGGCCAUCUCGAAGCGGGAAAAGAAGCGGACGCAAGACCGCAACGCCCAGCGGGCCGCUCGCCAACGCACCAAGGAUCGUCUUGCGCUUCUCGAGCUCCAGGUCUCCCAGCUGCAAGGCGGUGCGGAUAAAGCGCUCUCCGAUGAACUCGAGCAAAUGCGCAAGGAGCGCUCCGAGCUCCGCACCUUGACUGACCAUUUGAUGGCCAUAGCUGGUGCAAUGAAGUCAACGUUGGGUUCGAGUGACGAUGCGCCUAUGCGACCACCACCCCACGAGGGAGAGAUCCCGAAUGCCGGUCUGAUCAGCCACAUCUUCCGCGAUUAUGAAUCGCUCAAAGCCGUUGGACCUACUCCGAUCUUGCCUCUUAGCGACACUCACAUUAUUGUGAGUGGGAUUUUAAACGGCUGGGACGGUCCGGUCAACGAAGACGAAAAACCCAUUCAGCGUCUGAUGGCUUAUUUGCAUCAGCGGUUCAUGCUCGAGCGACCACUGGCGAGGCCGAUGGACCAGCUCGGUCUGUUGUACCUGGUUCAGAUGGCUUUCUUGUACCUGCUCGCCCAGCACAAAGGCAACCGGUAUCAUCUCUCCCAGAUUCCUGGUUGGCUUCGUCCACUACCAGCGCAGAUGAAGUCUCCCCACAACAUCUCCAUCGACAUGCUCCCAUGGCCCCAGCUACGGGCGCACCUGCUUUCCAGCCAAGUGGAAUCUGCCGUGACAACCAACACCGAGCCGUGCGAAUCCUUCGCAUUGCAUGCACUUCGCAACGUCUACUUUUCCCCGCAAAUAAAUUUCGAAGAUGCCUAUAGCAUGGGGCCUGAUCGCAGACUGGCUGUCAGCCCACAAUUUCAACAGUACUUUGCUCCAGAUUCCAUCGCAUGUCCAUUUGCUGUUGAUUCGGAGUUUCUCCGCGAGUACCCGGACUUCCAUGGCAUCAUACCAGAGUUCAAAUCCCAAGAAAGGCCGAGGAACACAUUUCACGACGCUUCCUUUGAACUGUCCAGCCUCUCUCCGUUUAGCCAGCCACGUCUCACUAUGGAUGACUGCGCUGCCUCAGAAUCGGCUUUGACUUGGAAUAAAACUUCCCCUUUCGAGGACAAACAGCGUCCUACUACAGAAACUUUGGAUGUUUCCCGACACAAUAUUCAACCGUAUAUUGCUUCGCCGCUCGAGAAUAGGAACGCCCCGAAAGACACUGAUCAGCGUUACGAACAAGCAUGUCCAGAUGGGGACAUAGCGGAGAAUUUAUGCGGCACUGAGCUCAGCGAACAUUGGCACGAUUCUCUAGAUAUCAUAACCAGCGGAGAGUCUAGCGCAGAUUGGCUUCUCAGCUCAGCGGACUAUGUAGACGGUAAUGAUUUACUGGACUUCGAGGGUGGUUCUUGACACAUACAGGCAGUAACAGAAGGCCACGCUAACAUACAUCCUAACUACUUAUUCCUUUCUAGUGUUUCUGAAUACUGACACCACAUUAUAGUA